UUCUGGGCCUCAGCGAUGCCCAUAUUUGGUGUUCUGGAUCGCAGCUGUCAAAAGUCAAGUCGACUGUCACUACUUGGUGCUGCAAGGAAGAACUUCAUCUUCCAAGCUUUCUUGCCAUUUUAUUUUUCUUUUACCAUGAAGGUUCUACUUAUACUUUCUCUACUUCUCGUCUCUUGCUAUGGGGAUAUGUAUUUACACAAUCCAAGGGGAUCGAAUAACAGGCUAGAUGAGAGUGGUAGAGCAAGAAAUAAUGCUAACAGGAUGUUUGAUUCUCAGAAUAACAAUAGAGGAGGCUAUAAUGUUGGCAACCUAUAUUAUUAUGAAGGCUCAGUCUUAUCGAUUGAAUGGACCAAUCAGCAUUCCUGUGCAAACCGUAAUAGUCACUGUGAAAUAAUCCUACAGUAUAUGUGUGACAAAAAUAUCAGGGAUGGAGUCACCACACAAACUAUACCAGAGAAUCCAAUACUCUGUAAGAAUUUCGACUGUAACACAGACAAAAGGUUUGGGAUGCAUGAAAACUAUGAUUACUACAUGGACUGUAAGCACAGAAACAGAAACCAAGGCCUUUUCUUAGCUGAUCAGAAGCCAAAAGGCAAAUCUGCUAAGUACACUCGUCAGAACCCUGGUGGAACGAGGCGUGGCUAUGAAUGUCCAGAGGAAAGAGACUACUACCCCUACUGGCACCCUACACCAUGGAAGGAUAUUGCCAUCAUGACCAAUGAUCCAGAACGAUGUGAGAUGUAUAGAAAAGAAAGUGAAAAUGUUAAAGGACGCUAUACUUGUGAAGUGCCGACAGAAUACAAAAAGGCCAAAGGUUGGAGGAAUUAUUAUAUUCCAUCUACUCAAGAGGAAUGUGAGGCCUUCAAAUACCCUAUGAACUCAGUCAAUGGAACAAGAGGUGUUUGGAAGCUUAAUCCCUCCCAUGAUAUUCCAGCACCAGAGUGUCGAGAAACAACCUGGUCACGUGACAAUCACCUUGGUAACGGCUAUGGAGGCUACCCUAACUCUUACAACUGGACUCUUCCUGAUCUUAACAGUGAAAAUUGUGUACUCCGAAUAAGGUACAACAUAUCUACUGGUGAGUUUGAUGGCUGGGACUCCUCUGUCAAUGCAUCUCUUAACCAGCCCCCAAGAGGUACCAAAGCCUCCCUGUUAGACAUAGGUGAAAGAUUUGGUUUCAAUUACACACAGGCUUCUCAAAGAGGAUACUUGUUCAAGCAAAACCCAGUUGUGUCUAUAUUUGGUGGUGAUGUUGCUAAGAACUUUCAACUACGUUUGGCUAUCAAUACCAAUCAAAUUGGUCGUGUUUUUCAAGACAGGAGCCACACCUUUGCUGUUCGACGCCGUCCCAGCAGCCUCAAAGACAAAAAAAUUCAUAAUCUCAAUGUUCGUGGAAAGAGGGGUAACAUUGUACAAGUGUACCCAGCUGUGGAGUAUGACUUCGUACCCAAUACACUCAUAGCCAAGAAUGGUGACUAUGUUCACUUCCAGUGGACAGGGUCCAACACAAACCCAAACGGAAAUGAUGGGCAAGGAAAAGCAGGUACAGACAGAUCCAAUGUACUAGUACAAGAGAAACAACGAUAUCCUGAAGGAGAACCUAAAGAGAAGACAUAUGGACAGUGGGGUGGUAACUACCCUGAGCACUUUGACAGUGCUACAUUCUUGGGACUAGAUAGAAAGGAUCUAACAAGUCUAGCAACACUGGAUAAAGUACAAUAUGGUGGUGAGAUGUCUGAACUAGACGAUGCAGGAACAUACUUUGAUCUUGGUCCACGUAUGAUAACAGGCACAGGCACCUAUCACUACAUGUGCUCUAGAAAUAACAACUUUUCGAACAGAAGUCAAAAGGGACGUAUUGUAUUGAGUGAUAAUGCCGUGUACAGUGCUAUGAUGGGGAGAAGUGGAGGUACUAUUGCUUUCAGAGAAAAGGGAGAGGGCAUUACAUUCAAGCCCAAUUCUCUAUCCCAGCUAAAGAACAUCCAAGUUGAAAGAAUGUCACCUGAAAAUGGCCACCAAAUGAUCAUGUCCAAGAAUGGCAAAAUGGGUGUUGGUAAUGAGUAUGCUAGUGACUUCUUAGUUAUCAAUCCACAUUCUCUCAAGACAAAUAAGAAGUUCACUGUUCGGAUGGGAUACCAGAGUGACUCAACUGAGGACGUAGAGGUGUAUCGUUCAGAUGAUAAUGAGGGGUUCAGGACUUGGUAUCAGGUGAAGGCGUCCACUUCAGAUGGAAAGUUAGAGUUCCAAUCGGAUCAAGGUGGGGUCUACGUGGCUCGUACUGUAGCUAACAAGGGAGUGAUCGCAGGAAUAGUCAUCGCUUGCAUAGCAUUUAUAGUCAUCGUUGGAGGUUCUGUGCUUUACUUCCGGAAGCAUCCUGACAAGCUAUCAAGCAUUGGAUCUUGCAUGUCUAAUACGGUCAGGUCUUGUAGAGAGAAGGUUUGACCUAGCUAUUUUGUAUGUCCCAUUAUUUUGAUGUCCCAGCAGCAAUUUCUUUUAUUUUUGAAGGUGCUGUAUAUGAAUAUGUGAAUACUAUAUGAUCACACAUAGAAAAGCAAUCACAUUUUAUGGCAAUGCAAUUGAGAAUUUCCUUCACUUUUUACGAUAUCCUAAAACGGUCAUCCAGUUAAACAAAAUACAUUAAAAUUAAUAUUAAUAUUAGAUGAAUGCACGCAAGGCCAUGCUUACACUAGAUAGUAAUACACACAUAUAUACAUUCAAAAGCAAAAAUAAAUAUAUAAUUUAAUUAUAUAUAUAUAUAUCUGUAAAUUUACGAAAUGAAAAAGAAAUGAAACAAAAAGUUGAAAUUUUGGCAAAAGGAUAUAUUCUUAUCAAGAAAAAUAUUUUUUGAGCUGGUUAUAUCAAACAAAAUGAGAAACAAUAAAUCGGGCUGUCCAAUAUAAUAAUGACAUAAAAUUCACAAGUAAUAAACACUUUUAUUAUUUUUUUAUUAAAUGCUUUCAUAACAAAUUUACGUCAAUUAUUGUACUUAUACAUGUAUCGAAUUAUUUUUUUUUACUAUUACCUUUGAAAUAAUGCUAAUAUAUCUUAGUCAUGGCGAAUCCCGAUGUCAUUGUGAACACAGAACUAAUUAGCAAUACAAAACUAGCUGUAAAAAAAUUAAUGCUGAGAUAAAAUCAAGAAAAGAAAGGAACGGAAGAUGGAAGAAAAAACUUUAUCAAGAGGAAUCUUUCUACAGUUCAUCUCUGUCGCUCAGUUCAAACAGGCGAAUGUCGAAGCAUUCAUUGAAGUAAGCCUGGCCUUUACAGUCUUGGCCAUCAAAUACAUCCACGUGUCCUGUGGCUGUUUUGAAGCUGGGACAAUUCUGGAAAACUAUGAUUCCUUUUUUACCCUGAAAUCAAAGGAAAACGUGUUAUGAUGGCCAACAUGUUCGAGGGAUAGUUGCUUUACUCUGUAACCUUGCAAAGAAAUGACACUAUGGCAAACGCAUCAUGGAAAAUCGUAUUAUGUAUAUAGAUAGAUGAUGGUAAAUAAUGCUUAAAUCAGACCUUUAAAUGGAGAAGCAAAUGGAGCUAUUAGGAGUGGCCCAAGUACAAACCCUGGGGUACCCCAGUAAGAUAAGUAGGCUUUGUUUUUGCUCUUCGAUUUGAGAUAAAAGGGUGAAGAAAAAUGGACCGAGUAUAAGACUCUGAGGCACACCAGUCACUAUUUCUCUAAAAAUGAAAAGACUGAAUGGAAGUGGCCCAAAUACAGAUCUUUGGGGUACACCCCCAGUGAUGCAAUACUUACAAGGAAAUCAGCCUUGCUUUUGGAUACAACAUCAGCAGGCCCUUUACGGUUUUCUAGAUACUGCCUGAAGGUAGCUACACGAAURAUGUACUUCUCGUUCCCUCCACGAGAGGCUCGUACUCCUGACCAGUUGAACUCAUUUUCUUUGAUGUCAAUUGUGUGACCUGAAAAUCAGAAAAGCGAAAUGCUAUUAGUAAUCGCGGUGGUGCUGGUUUUGGUGGUGGAUAAUGAUGCUGCUGAUAAUGAUAAUGCUGAUAGUGAUGAUGAUGAUGAAGAAGAAGAAGAUGGAAACACUUCAAAACGUCUGUCCCUCCGCCCCGCACCAGUGCUAUUGCUGUCAAAUUGUUGUGAUGCUCGUUAACUUAUUUUCUCAUAAAUUUUUUUAGUAAAGACGUU